AUGACGGACGUACGGCCAGAGCAAAAGCACAACCCGAGUCACGACCUUAGUGGAAACAAUUCAGAAAAGGACGAUGAAACAACACGCAGCCCCAGCCCCGUUGGCGAACAGAACGAGAAGGCUCCUGUCGAUGCUCAAGGAAGAAGAGAACUGAGAGAGACCGAUUGCCCCGAGAUUUUGGCAUACGCCUGGCCAACAUGGAAGAAGUGGAUGUACCUGGCUGGUGUCGCAGGAAUCCAGAUCUCCAUGAACUACAACACUUCGGUCUUCCCUAGUGCCAUCACACCUUUGUCAGAGGCUUUCCACAUUGGUUCGCAAGAAGCAAGAACUGGUCAGAUGAUCUACCUGGUCUUGUACUCCUUUGGAUGCGAGCUGUGGGCGCCCUGGUCUGAGGAGUUCGGUCGUUGGCCUAUCCUCCAGCUUUCCAUGUUCCUCAUCAACAUCUGGCAGAUACCUUGCGCUUUAGCCCCUAACUGGGGUACAAUUCUCGUUUGCCGUGCUUUGGGUGGUCUCUCUACUGCUGGCGGUAGUGUCACUCUUGGUCUCAUUGCCGACUUGUAUCAGCCCGAGGAGCAACAGUACCCUCUGGCCUUCAUCGUUUUGUCUUCUUGUAUCGGCACCAGUAUCGGAGGAGUUAUUGGCGGGCCCAUUCAGCGCUUCCUUGCAUGGCAAUGGUUCUUCUGGAUUAUGCUCAUCUUUGGUGGCGUUGUCCAAGCCAUCCACUUCUUCAUGCCCGAGAGUCGUUCAACUAUCCUCCUCGACAGAGAAGCUAAACGCCGUCGUAAGACUGGCGAGGAUCCCAAUAUCUAUGGACCUAAUGAGCUCAAGAAACCGCGUAUCUCGCUUAAGGAAGCUGGCAAGGUCUGGAUUCGUCCCUUCGAGAUGUUCAUCCGCGAACCCAUCGUACUUUGCUUGUCUCUUCUUUCUGGUUUCUCUGACGCUCUUAUCUUUACGUUCCUGGAGUCGUUCCCUGAGGUAUACACCAAGUGGGGCUUCGGUAUUCUCGCCCAAGCUUGGGCUUUCAUCCCCAUCAAUCUCGCAUAUUUCCUUGCCUAUAUUAUGUACCUUCCAUGCUUCAUGCGCGACAACCAGAUCCGUAGAAGAAAGGGAGACGACUGCUUCAUGCCGGAACGCCGUCUCAAGGUGCUGCUUUGGCUUGCUCCUCUGGAACCCAUUGGUCUGAUCGGUUUCGCCUGGUGUUCGCUGGGCCCUGCCUACAAUGUUCACUGGAUCGCACCUAUGAUCUUCUCCACUCUGGUUGGUAUCGCCAACUACGCCAUCUACUUCUCCUCGGUCGACUACAUGAUUGCCGCAUACGGUGUUUACUCUGCCUCAGCGUGUGGUGGUAACGCCUUUGCUCGCGACUUCCUUGCUGGAAUCUCGGCUAUGUACGCCACUCCUCUCUACAAGAAUAUUGGAGGACACCCUCAAGCCUACGCUAGCACGAUCCUUGCUGGUGCAUCCGUCCUUGUAGUCAUCCCUAUCUACAUCUUCUACUGGAAAGGACCUGUCAUCCGCGACAGAUCUAAGUUCGCAAAGACCCUGGCAGAGGACCGCAAGAAGGAGGGAGUCAGACGUCUCAGUUACGCCGACAACCUGCCUGCUUAA